AUGGAGAAGACCAGACAGCAACCUGCAGAUGCACCAGACCAAAAGCAAUUGACGCUAGUUGAAACUUCUUUCGUUGAAAGUGUCGAUCGACGACAUCCACCUGGUAUCGAUCGACACCAAAUGGACGGACAUGAACCUGUCAUGGAACGGCAGGCAACAAAAGAAGUGAUUCAUAUUGGGAUGAGGUCGAAAACUAAGAAACUGUAUGUUCCCAAACACCUGAGGAGAGAAGCUAACAAAGCUGAAGUUGAUGGAUGUCACAAGAGGGUGAAGAGAGUUCCUAAGGGUAUGACUUUUGAGGAAGCUUAUUAUAAGUACAGACUUGGUAAUUUCUUCAGAGAGAGCAGAGAGACAGAAAAGGACAUGGAGAUAUUAUUCAACAAGGUCGGCCGUAAGCCUAAGAGGACUCUAAAGAAGGAACAAGAUCCUGGAAAGUUUCUGAUUCCAUGCUCUAUAAAUAACCACGAUUUGCCAAACGCCCUCUGCGAUAUUAGAUCUGCAGUGAGCAUCAUGGCUAUAGACACUGCUGAAGUAUUAGGAUUAAAAAUGGAGCCUUCAAAAGAUAGUUUUGCUUUCGUUGAUAACUCCAAAGCAAACUCAGCAGGCAUGAUCAAGAAUGUUAAAGUGGAGAUAGGAGAAUGCACUAUUCCUGUGGAUUUUCAUGUCGUGGAGCUCAAAUCAGGCAGGACAUCUCCCCUUCUUCUUGGAAGAGCCUUCAUGGCUACAGUGGGAGCAGUUUGUGAUCUUAAGAAGAAUAGGAUGUGCCUAACUAAUGUUGAUGAAAAUGUCUUCUAUGAUCCUGUGGAGAAGAAGAAAAGUGAAGAUUUGAUUUCAUACAUAGAGAUGUUUGAAGAUCCAGCACCUCAAACAUAUGCAGAUCGCGAGCUUGCAAAAUCAGGAUCAACAUCGAUCGACAUUCAACUUUCAAGAUCGGUCGACAAGGAGCCUAACAAAUCGACCGACACAGAACCUUUAGAAUCGGUCGAGAGCAUCCAAAUUUCAGAACAGAACAAGACUGAAAAUGUCAGGAGGAAAGUCUUGAGUGUAGAGUGCGCCGCAGAGGAGGUCCAGCUUCUUUUGCUAAGGAGAUCGCAAGGUUUGGAAAGACAAAACAGACAACAACCAAGGCCGACCAAAACCACCAUGGGUGAUCACGGCCAACAGGAUGAUCUCGCUGCAGCAAUGCAACUGAUGCAACAGCAUAUGCUACAAAUGCAGCAGACCAUCCAAGCUCAGCAAGCAGCUGCACAACAAGCUGCUCAACAGGCUGCUCUUGUGAGCAGGAACAGGCGGCGCAGACUGUUCUGA